CCGUUUGCGUUACCUCUCAAGUUAAUUCAAAUCUGAUCAAGUGGCUCCUUCACCUCGAAUAAUUGCGCUCUUGGCCCGCAGGGCUGGAAGAAUGAAUCCUACCAUGGCACUCGUCGCAACUUCAGCUGGAUAUCCUCCCGUGGAAGAGAAGAAACCAUUUCAAGAACCCCCCGCAGUCGUGAUCACACCUUCCGAUCCAUGGCCACGACCAUAUUAUUUAGAUAAUGGGUUACGCAGAGUCGCGCCGUACCAUUUCACCUACAAUACAUACUGCAAACAAAGAUGGAGAGGAAGAGAAAUAUUGGAUAUAUUUUCGAGCGAGUUUCGAGAUAGGCCAAUAGAAUACUACAAAGAUGCUAUGGAGCGCGGAGCUAUCGCUGUGAAUGGAAAACCGGUCGAGUCAACUUCACAAAUCAUCAAGAAUGGAGAUGUUAUAUCACAUACCUUACAUCGACAUGAACCUCCUGUGACAGCUCUGCCAAUAUCAGUCGUACACGAAGAUGAAGACAUCAUUGUCAUUAACAAACCUUCUGGCGUCCCUGUUCACCCAGCUGGUCGAUAUAAUUACAAUUCCGUAGUUGAAAUCAUGAGGGCUGAGCGCGGCCAUGGCUGGAAUCCACUGCCGUGUAAUAGAUUGGAUAGACUAACCAGUGGUAUCAUGUUCAUUGGAAAACACGCCAAGGCCGCAGAAGCACUAAGUUUACAGAUAUCAGGACGCACUGUCAGAAAAGAAUACAUAGCACGAGUGAAAGGAAAGUUUCCAGAUGGAGAAGUAGUGUGUGAUAUGCCAAUUCUUCAGAUAUCUCCGAAACUGGGCUUGAAUCGUGUGAGGGCAAAUGGUAAAGCUGCCCGCACGGUUUUUAAGCGCCUGGCAUAUUAUCCUCCAGAACAAGCUGAAGACAACUCCGAACAGACAGAGCUAGAUAAAUCGACAAAGGAAGGCUACUCGAUCGUUAGAUGCCUUCCAGUCACUGGUCGUACGCAUCAGCUCAGGGUUCAUCUACAGUUUCUAGGCCAUCCUAUUGGCAACGAUCCUAUAUAUUGCAAUCAACGUGUAUGGGGAACAAGACUUGGAGCAAAUGACUCGGACGCAACUCAGGAUACAGAUGAAGACAUUAUUACUCGUCUCUCAAGGAUGGGCAAGUCAGAAGUUGCUGAUGCUGUAGCCUACCAUGAUGAAAUGGUAGACGAGUACAAUAAGAAGAAAGCCGAGAAGAUGUCUGGAGAGUUAUGUGAAGUAUGCCAGACCCCAUUAUAUACCGACCCUGGUGAACAGGAGCUGUCUCUAUGGCUUCACAGCCUUCGUUAUGAAGAUGCUGGAGGCUCUUGGAGUUAUGUGAGUCCUCUCCCAGCCUGGGCUUUACCUCCUGACGGUAUGGAUGGACCAACCGAAGUUGGAGGUAUGGAAGAAUUAGUUGAGGCAGUGAAGGAAGACAACCCCGAAAUUGCAUGAGCCACCACACCUCGAAAGCUAAGCCUAUUGUCGCUGCACAUCACGGAAGACGGGUUGUUUUAAUGUGGGUAAAGGAAGUAUAAUUGUCUAAAAGAAGUAGUACGAGAGAUGAUCUCAUACUCCACUUAACUAGCCAAUCUCACGCAAAGACCUCCUCCUCAAUUCACUUCUUCUUUCUACCACUCUGAUUGCAGGUUUUAGUGAGGGCGAUAAGAUGUUGCUAUCAUCCUUCCGGGAAUUUCCCAGUAAUGCCGCGGAAGAUCGAACUGGCCCCAACGCCCACGUGUGAUAACGCACGGAUUCGGAAAUGCCGAUCUUUGAGUCUGUUAAUAAAUUUUGAUCCAUUUCUGUAAUCCGUUGCAUUUGAAGGAUUUUUAAAACCUGGAUCCUCCAAGAGUCCCCAGGAAGCCUCAAGAGUUAGCUGUUGUAGUUGUCAUGACUGCGGGUUCAUCAGUACCUGGCUCUUAGCAUCGUUACUAUCUGCUGACUACAGAAACGAAUGCUCGAGUACAGUUUCUGACACAUGCGAACAUGAAAGAUAUUGAACUAUUACCUAGGUAUCACAUCGAUAUUUUGUUCACAAGACUGCUAGGUAUUGAAAUCUGUAUUUGUAAAUUCUACAACAAUUUGAUUUAACUAUACGGAGUACUAUCAUAGUCACCGCUAGAAGAGUUACUCAAUGAUCCCAACACUAGGGGACCUCGGACUAUUGCAUGCAUUAUUAGUUGUUGGAACAUCUAAUCCAAUUUGAGUGCUUGAAUCCCGG